AUGUCUAAUCCAAUCUACUCAGACUAUGAUGACUUCAUCGAAAUGAUCCAGGAUCUCCUACCAUGUCUGCUGAAGAUCCUCCAAAACAGGUUCAAUCAAGAGAUAGCAAAUGAAACCUAUGGUACCCCUACUGCCCCAAAAGAUGGCACACUACUGAAGUACACUAUGGGGGAAGGUGAUGAGGAACAAACCAUCUCACCUCUAUCCAUCCUAAUUGAGUGUGUUAGUAGCCUUUACAAGGCUAUGCACAACCUUGGUCCAUUUGCUAGCCAAAUUGAACUUGGUAAAGGGAUCCAUCAUCUCAUUGGGUAUGAAGCUAUGCCAGGGCCUACUCCAGAGCUUAAUGCCAUCACAAACCAUCACCUCAAGGUACUUUCAGAUCUAUUCAAAUGGGCACUAAACAAGUGUAAAGCAUACUCCGCUGCUAAAGAGUAUGAGCUCUGUGGUGCCACCUAUGGGUUACAUUGGGACCAGAUUGGAAGUCAUGCUUAUGACUUCCUAACCAAAUGGGAAGCCCAUGUGACACUCAAGCAUGCCCUACCUUCAGACAAGAAUGCACUAUUUAACUCAGUGUUUAUAUUGCAUGAAAAACUCAAUGGAAAGGAUCAAACAGCCGAAAGUGUAGCUGACAUCCUAAGUCAGUGCUAUGAGCUCACCACCGAGAGUGCACCUGUGCAUCUAUCCCCUAUAGCUGAGGUGUCUGAACUUACUGCAUUGCAAGCAGCUACAUUGAUUAACUGCUGGGCUUGUGGGGACCUUGGCCAUGUGGCUAAUAGAUGCCCAGAUGCUGAAGCCCAUGUGCAAUGGAAGCAAGAAAGGAUCAAAGUGACACCCAAAGGCUGUGCAAAUGCCUGCAUCAUGUUGCCUAUGGAAGGGAACUGGGAAGACUAG